AUGAGGGCAAUUCGAAAGCCCAGGAUCCGAGGUUCCAGUAAAAGCUUGGUUUAUCUACAAGUAGACCUUAGAUUAGCCUUGGCCAUAUUCCCUCACUCCAAAAUGCAUCUCGUUUUAGAACAAAGCUCGGAUCCCAAAUCUUGUCCAGAACUUCCUUGGUCCACGGCGCACGCGCACCUUUUCUCCGGCAUCGGGGCAUGCACGUCCAUGAUUUCCCCGUGGGAACAGAUUUUGCGUGCGCACAUCCAACAAAGGCUGCGGCUUUUAGGAUUCCCGUUUGAGACGGUUAUUGAAAAAGAUUACUUUGUGAAACCUGUACUGAUUUGUCCAUACCAAGUAAUUUGA